UCCAUUCAUUGACUAGAAAUGAAAUUGAGAUGUCAAGUUUGCUUCAUAGUAUUAAUUAAAAAAUUUCUAUUAUUCUAUUUAACGCGGGAACACCAAAUAGCACUAAAAUUUCUAAGUACAAAAAGCAUAAUAUAACGAAAAUAGAUUUUGUUAUUCGUAACUGUAAUUGAUCGAGAAUUAGUGGAUAUUAUGUCCUAUAUUAUAAUAACAAAAUAUUUUGAGUAAGAUAUUAUAUUAUAUAACUGUCUAAUAUGUAUCGUAAUAAUCCAAACAAAAGUUCAAAACCAAUUUUAAAAUGUCAACAACAAACAUGUGUCAAAUCUAACGAAAGUUUAGAAAAUAUUAAUGUUUUAUCAGAAAAAUCAGAGCGAACUUUUAUUAGAAGUACUACUAAAAUUCUUAAUUUAAUUAAAAAGCCUGUUACAAGUCAUAAGGAAGAGAAACAAGAAAACAAUAUUUUAACUAAAGAAAAAGAAAAUAAUGCAGUUGUUAUUAAGGAAGAUUCAUCCACUGAUAGUAAUACAAUUAUUUUUAAUGUAGUAAUAGGCAAGAAAUCUAUGAGAAAACAUAAAAAAUGGGAAGAUGACGGAACAUUGGAAGUUACAGGAAAACAUGCAAUCCUAAAGAAUACCGAAGGUAAUAUUAUUCAUAAAACCACAGUAAAUCCAGAAGUUUUGAUAGAAGGCUUUAGAAUGUAUAUAGAUAAUAAAGAAAUUGAGAUAAUUGACAGGGUAAACUCUAAAUACAUGCCAAAUAAAUGUAUUCCAGAAGUAAUUUCAGAACCACCCACAAAGAAGUUGAAAACUUCAGGUUCUAAGCCAUAUCUUCCUUUAGGAUCUUUACACAAAGAUAUGAAAUUAAGAUGCUGUCCAUUGAUAAUGCCAUCUAUAAGUAUUUCAAAAAAUUGGGAAGUGAAUGAUGUAUCAAAAAAUGAAAAAGAAGUAUCUGUAGAUACUUGUUUAGUAAAUGUACUCAGACAACAUCAACGUCACGGUAUUGUAUUUUUAUAUGAAUGUAUUAUGGGCUUAAAGGUACCUAACUAUUUUGGAGCAAUUUUGGCUGAUGAAAUGGGACUUGGUAAAACAUUACAAUGCAUUACAAUUAUUUGGACGUUGUUAAAGAAAGGGCCGUAUGGACAUCCAAUACUAAAAUAUAUAUUAAUAGUAACUCCUAGCAGUUUAUGUUAUAAUUGGAAUAAAGAGUUCAAACAUUGGUUGGGAUUCCAUAGAAUAUCUCCAUAUGUUGUAAAUGCUAAAAACAAGCCAGAAGAUUUCAAAAAACACAUAAGGAACUCGGUUUUAAUUAUUAGUUAUGAUAUGCUUAUCAAAUACAAACAAGAAAUUGAACAAAUACCUUUUGAUUUAAUCAUAUGUGAUGAAGGUCAUAGAUUAAAAAAUAAUGAUAUAAAAACAGCAAAAAUUUUAUAUAACUUGAAUUGUAAAAGAAGAAUUCUUUUAACUGGAACUCCAAUACAAAAUGACUUGCAAGAAUUUUUUGCUUUGAUUGAUUUUGUAAAUCCUGCUAUAUUGGGAAAUAACAUUGAAUUUAAAAAUUAUUAUGAAAAACCUAUUGUUGCAUCACAAUGUCCUAAUGCAUCAAAUAAUAUUGUAUCUCUUGGAACUGAAAGAGCUAGUGAGUUAUAUGAAAAGACUAAAUGUUUUAUAUUACGACGUACACAAGAAACUAUUAAUAAGUAUUUACCUUCUAAACAUGAAUUUAUUGUAUUUUGCCGCUUAUCAAAUGAACAAGAAGAUUUAUAUUCUCGAGUUACAGACUCGUGGUUUAAUAAAACUGUAUUACCAAAUAAUAGCAUACCACAUUUAACAAUAAUAACAGCUCUAAAAAAAAUUUGCAAUCAUCCAGAAUUAUUUAAUAAUGAAAAAACUGAGUUUUUAAAUAUUGAUACAAAAGCUACAAAUAAAAUUCCUAAUAUAAAAGAUGUUACGAAAAAAACGUACUGUGGAAAAAUUUCAAUUGUACAAACAUUACUAAGAAAUUUAAAAAAAACGGAUGAGAAAUUAGUAUUAAUUUCAUAUUAUACACAAACACUCGAUCUAUUGGAAACUGUUUGUGAUACAGAAGGCUUACAAUUUCUUAGAUUAGAUGGUACUACAACAAGCAAUACAAGAUCUAAGAUUAUAGAACGGUUCAAUUCAACCACUGACAAUAGUAAAAUAUUUUUAUUAAGUGCAAAAGCUGGUGGAGUUGGAUUAAAUUUACCUGGUGCAUCUCGACUUAUAUUAUUUGAUUCAGACUGGAAUCCAGCAUCUGAUUCACAAGCUAUGGCAAGAAUUUGGAGGGAUGGUCAAAAAAAAGAUGUUUACAUGUUACGAUUACUAACUACUGGAACUAUUGAAGAGAAGAUCUUUCAAAGACAAAUUAGCAAAGCAAGCUUAAGUGAAACUGUAGUAGACUUAAAUUCAUCCUCUUCGCUUAAAUUGUCUACAGAUGAACUAAAGGAUUUAUUUACAUUGGCAACAAAUACAAAUUGUUUAACACAUGAUUUAAUGAAAUGUUCUUGCAAUGGCUAUAAGAAAUCAGAAGAAAAAUCAGAAGAAUCAUAUCAAAAAGAUGACAGAGAAUAUCAAUUUCUAGGAGAUAAAGUGACAAAAUCAAAUUUAACUAUAAACCAGCUUUUAAAAUGGGAACAUUACCAACAACCAAUUUCGGAUGAAAUAAUUCAAGAAAUUAUGUUAUCAGAAGCAUCUGAUAAUAUAACGUUUAUAUUGAAAAAUUCUGUAAAUAAGAGUAAAUAAGAGAUUCAAUUAAUAAAAAUAUUUAUUCCAUA